GCGCGUGUGAGUAUUCGUUCCCCAGGUGGACAAGCUUCACUCUAGGCAAAUGCAGACUUAUCUGCACUUGUAACGCCACUAAACAAUGAAACGUCAGAAUAAUGUUCCAUUCACGCAUUCAGCAACGCCAAAAGGAGUUGCUCCUGUAUACAAACAGGUGCCCGCAAGAGUACCCAAGGAGUUCAUGGAGGCUAUGAAACGAAUUCCAUCAAAGGCAGCAGACUACGCAAAUAUCAGGACUCCUGAACCUACUGCCAAAACACAGCCAAAGACCAAGAAAGGUAAAGCACAAUCAUCUGCUAAUAAAUGGAGGUCUUCAUUCAAACCACUAGGAGAUGAAGAUGAUGAUGGUGAUGAUGGUGAUGAUGGUGGCAAUGAUGAUGAUGCUGCAAAUGACCAAAGCAGUUCAGGAAAAGUUGAACUUUACAACCCGUAUGAUCCCGGUUCGCCAGACUCGGAAAUUGAGAAAAAAGAUUACAACCGCUCUUCAUCUGAGCAGAAUCAGGAUCACAAACUGGAACGUCAGCGUUUGUCUCCAGGAAUAAGCUGCCGUGACAACAACCGAUGGGACUCCACCUUCUCAGAACCAGGGAGCCGACACUUUGUCAGACGUGACUUUUUCCCUGAACCCAGAACCACCGAGAGUCAAGGUCUUAGUUCAGGUCACAGGCUGCCUGAACGACAAGCUUACAGCCCACACGCUGAAACACUUGAUCGACCAGUGUUUGGUUCCUUAAGUAGAGAUGUGGACCACAGGAUUUGCAGCCCUGACAUGAUUAUUCACAGCUCUUCCCCCCAAGAGUGUCUUGCAUCUUAUGGAGGACAAAAGGCCAAUGGAGAGGAGAGGAUAAGAGUCCUAGAACACAGAAGAGAGAUGACUACUGUUAGAUUAUCUCCACCUAAGGUACAACAUGAUUCUAAACAUCACUUGGGGCUUAAGGAAAAAGGUCAGGAUCCAGUCACACCUGCUACAGAAGUGACGAGAAACAGAAUCAAAACUGUAAUGAUGGACGAGAGCCCUGUCACCUGUGACCUCUGUGAUGUUGAGCUGGCCAAUGGGCAGGAGCUGGAGGAUCAUUUGGACAGUAAAAACCAUUGGGUGACAUUGGAGUACAUUCAGCAGAAUAAUAACUAUGAUGAUCUGGCGAUAGCUUUCCUGCAAGACGUAAUGAUAUAUAAAAGCCGUCACUGCAGCCGAGCCAUAGAGGACAGUGCUCUUCUAGCUCUGCAGGAAAACGACCACAUGACAAAGGUGGAAAUGUUCCACUGUGCAGCUUGCAACAUUUUUGUAUCCACCUCAGCAUUGUCCGUUCAGACCCACAUCACCUCUCAGGAACACCUCGCCAACACAAGGGAGUUUGGAGUGCAGCAGAGACGUACUUGCCUUGAAAAAGCAGGAACCAUAAUGAAGGAGCUGAAACCUCAGUUUGAACUCUUCGUAAAGGGGGACAAGCCGUUUGAAUGAUGGAAAUGACUAAGUCAUUGGCUGCUGUUGAACAGUAAUGGACUUCAGACAACAGCACACUUUGAAUCAGAACCACCUAAAUGCUGUAUCAAUUGUACCUUACAGUAGACCAGAGAGCACACAUGAUGUGCCAUUUAGGAUUUUGCAGAACAAAUGAAGAGACUCCUGAGUGCAGGUUUGCUUGCAAAGUAUGAAACUUUACUGUUAAAGUGCUUAUGUGUUUUCAGUUCAUCUAUGCUGAAGGAGACUAGGCUUGUGGGGUUUUAUUUUAUAUUUACAGAUCCAUGUCUAACAUUUCAAGACAAAAAAGGUCAACGUGUUUCUUUGCAUUUUUUUUAUUUUGAACAACAAAUGUUUUUAAGCAUUGUAUCUGUGAGAUAUUGUACAUUUGAAAUUAAAUUACUUCAACACAGUA